CGCAAGUCCAUCACCACUGACUAUAAGAAGUCCCUUUGGUUCAGCGGCUAUCUCGUGGAUGGUCCCCUGAAGUCCUGGUGGUUCAGCAUCAAGACUGACACCCCAGCUCUCCUGAACUCGUUCGAUGAUCUGAUUGCCAAGUUCAAGAGUCACUUUGGGGAGGCUAACAUGGCUGGGAGUGCGUUGUGCAAGCUUCGCACUCUCUGCCAGACAGGCGCAUGUAGCAAUUAUAUUGCCCAUUUUAAAGAACUACUCCCUCAUUUACAGUUCACCAAACCGUCGAAGAUUGAAUUCUUCAAGCAUGGCCUCAAGGAGGAGGUUCAAAGACUCAUGAUCACGGUUUGCCUGGCCCCAACAACAUUCAACAACUAUGCCACCAUCGCCAUUGAGUUCGACAACAGCCUUCAC